AUGAAGUCCUACACCAGGUCAACCUUUCUCUUCAUUUCCGUUUUAUUUCUCGGCGUUAACGCAGAUCUGAAAGCACCAGUGGUCCACACUAAGCUCGGUAGCCUGAGUGGCGAGUAUGUGAGCGUAAAGGGGAGGGACAGCGGUGUCCAUGCCUACCUGGGUGUACCCUUUGCCAAGCCCCCCAUCGGCCCCUCUCUGAGGCUCGCUGGACCUCAGCCCGCAGAGGGAUGGGAAGGAGUGAGAGACGCCACCAAACAGCCACCCAUGUGCAUCCAGAAUGUCGAGAUCAUCCAGGAACUACUCAGGAAACUUGAUGGCAUGUUGGCAGAGAUACCGGACAUUUCAGAAGACUGUCUCUACCUCAACAUUUACACUCCUGCUAACAGACGUCCCGAUGCCAAGCUUCCAGUCAUGGUCUGGAUCCAUGGUGGUGGAUUUGUUUGUGGGUCUGCUUCAGUGUAUGAUGGCUCUGCCCUGGCUGCCUACCAAGAUGUGGUUGUGGUUGUAAUUCAGUACCGACUGGGACUCCUGGGCUUUCUUAGCUAUGACUUCAACUUUGAGCCCUCAUCACCAGUGGUCCACACUAAGCUCGGGAGCCUGAGUGGCGAGUAUGUGAGCGUAAAGGGGAGGGACAGCGGUGUCCAUGCCUACCUGGGUGUACCCUUUGCCAAGCCCCCCAUCGGCCCCUCUCUGAGGCUCGCUGGGCCUCAGCCCGCAGAGGGAUGGGAAGGAGUGAGAGACGCCACCAAACAGCCACCCAUGUGCAUCCAGAAUGUCGAGAUCAUCCAGGAACUACUCAGGAAACUUGAUGGCAUGUUGGCAGAGAUACCGGACAUUUCGGAAGACUGUCUCUACCUCAACAUUUACACUCCUGCUAACAGACGUCCCGAUGCCAAGCUUCCAGUCAUGGUCUGGAUCCAUGGUGGUGGAUUUGUUUGUGGGUCUGCUUCAGUGUAUGAUGGCUCUGCCCUGGCUGCCUACCAAGAUGUGGUUGUGGUUGUAAUUCAGUACCGACUGGGACUCCUGGGCUUUCUUAGCACUGGAGAUGAGCAUGUGUCAGGGAACUUUGGCCUGCUAGACCAGAUACAGGCCCUGAGGUGGGUUAAGGAGCACAUUCACAACUUUGGAGGAAACUCCGAUUUGCACAUUCACAACUUUGGAGGAAACUCCGAUUUGGUCACCGUGUUUGGGGAGUCUGCCGGUGGAGUGAGCGUUUCUCUUCUGCUUCUCUCACCAUUGUCUAAAGGCCUCAUCCACCAUGGCAUUGCUGAGAGUGGUACGGCUGCUAUGGAUGCUAUCGUGGGGAAUGAUCCACUUCCUGUGAUGCAGGUGGUUGCAAAUGCCUCUGGUUGUAGCCUGGAGAGCACAGAGAAGAUAGGUGAAUGCAUGAGAAACCUGGAUAUUGAUACACUCUUGACGAUUGUAAAGGAUCCAUCUCUAAGAUAUUUUGUGCAUGUUGAUGGACACUUCCUGACAAAGCCUGUGGAGGAGAUCUUCCAAAAACAGGAACUCCUUACUGUGCCAUUCAUGACCGGAGUUAAUAAUCAUGAAGCAGGAUUUAUGCUGAUUGAUUACAUGGCCCCCCCAAACUGGACAGAAGGAAUGGAUCUGGAGGCCGUUGUGAGCACACUAUCCAUUUUCUACAGUGAUCCCAAAGAUGCGUUUCUCAGAGAUCUGAUAAUAGAGGAAUAUGUUGGUGCUGGGGAAGACCGUGUGAGAAACAGAGAUGGACUCACUGAGUUGUUUGGAGAUGUUCUGUUUACCAUUCCAGCCAUCAAAACUGCAAAUGCUCACAGAGAUGCGGGUGCUCCUGUAUACUUGUAUCAGUAUAUGUACCCUCCCAAGAUGCUGAAGGAAAAAAGGCCAAGCUUUGUGAGGAGUGAUCAUGGGGAUGAAAUAUUCACUGUGCUGGGAUACUGCUUCACAACUACUCAUGUAAGACUUUCCAAUGCAUGUCCUGAAGAAGAGGAAGAGUUUAGCAGAACCGCGAUGAACUACUGGGGAAACUUUGCUCACACAGGAUCUCCGAAUGGAGGCAACCUUGCACACUGGCCAAAAUACGGUAAAGAUGAGGAGUACAUGGAAAUUGAUUUGAAAGAGCAGGUAGCUCGUCAGCACCUGAAGAAGGAUCAGUUUGUCUUCUUUACUCAGAUAUUGCCAGAGAAGUUACGACAGCAUAUGGAGAGUGCAGAGCACAGUGAGCUGUAG